GUCUGCUCGCAUGCCUGAUCAAGAUGGCUCGUUGUGUUUCUACUUUUGCAUAACAAGUACGCCGUCGAGAUGGGUAGGACCUCACAAAAGCCUCGGUCUGGUGCUGGUCUAAUGCAGGCAUUACUUUACCGAACCUUGGCUGCUGCUCUUGUCGACCACGAGACUGCAGCUUGAUGCACGAAAUGCACUCCCUUCGUCAAUGGUCAUUGCAUGAAUAUGUCUGUCUAUGAAAAGCAUCCCCAGGCCAAAGCUUGCCAGGGAGACUCACGAUUCCUCUACAUGGCACGAAGAGUUGGCACAAUGUUUGAAGAGGGGGAAACCUCAAAAUCAUUUUAUGAUAUUCUGCUCUGCACUCACACUCUGCAAACACCUGCUAUCCAGCUGUUAGCCCUGCUCCUUCGCGAGAUUUGCUCGCCCGGAGCCUUUCCAACAUUGGCAGAGGCAAGUCCGCCACCAUCAUCACAGUGCCGCCGCUCUUCCUGCCCGGCGGCACUGGCCAGGGAAAUCCGCGUUAACAUAAACGAUUCCAAAAUAAAAAUUGCCACGUCCAACCCCGGUUCCAUGCCACGCAACCACUUCACACCCAGACAGUGCGCGCGACAACAACUCCAAACAGGAUGCAUCCUGGUGUGCUGUCUCCCCAAGGAGAAAGACCGCGCCAGGAAUGCAUCCUCCAUGAUGCCCAUGGGUGGUGCAUCAUCCUCUCCAAUAGAAAUUAAAUGUAGAAAUUACUAGUAUCCCCGGGCGUGUUGACCACUGCUGCUGGCUUUGGAGCAUGCGCUGAGCAAUUUCUCUCUCAGUGUCGACACGCUCGGAGAACUGUCUUG